ACCAAAUAUCAUAUCAAAUAUCCAUUGAUUUUGUGGUCAAUUUUGGGAUCAAUUGAAUUGCGAUCAUAAUUACCAAGACUAUGGCUAUGAGUGGUAGGCCUCUGGUCAUUGACAUUGUCUUCAACGGCAGUGAACUGAGUCUUCGGUUCAGUAAUUGUCACCAAAUGAGUGUCCAAUUGAUUGAUUUGAUCGACAAAUUGAGACAAACAGUGGGCUUAAGACAACUGACGAUGAAAUCACACGCUUUUCACAUUUGGGAGGAAUCGACGCAACGGUACCGACGGAUCCAUAAGAAGCGAGAAGUGAUUGAAAACGGAUCGCGAGUUCAGGUGAUGACCAAAACCAAUGACAUGAAGGAUGAGAAGCAGACGUUCAAGUGUUUCAUCGAAUUGGUUGAUAACGACAAGACAUACGAGUUUGAAGUGGAGGCAGACAACUGUUCCCACUAUUGGCACAAAUACGGUCUCAUUAGUGGUAAGUGUGGCGAAGUGUUGGGCAGAGGUUGUGGCCAAAAGACACACAACUUUGAGGUAUUGGAUAAGCAGUCCAAUCAGUUCCAGUCAACCAAUAAGAUUCCAAACUAUAGCCGCAUUCGUGUGACCCCGAGAACUGAUGUCAAUCCCGAGGACAGGAGAUCCAAAGCCCACAGACACGGAAGGUAUGGAAAGGACUCGAAGAUACCGAAGACUGAAGAGAAGCCUAAAACAGAUCCAAAGAUGUUAUUGUUUAUGCAAAUGAUUAGAGACGUGAAAGCGAUGUCAAGAAUGGAUUGGCAAUUGUUUUCACAGCAAAUGCUUUCUUAUGAUGUAUUGGAUUCGAUGGCACUCACCACCGAUGACUCAAAGACCAAUAUUAAGGAUCAAAUGUCUGCAAAAAGUAGUGAUUCUAAAGGAAGUGAUUGUUUGACACAAUUAGACGACUUUUUACUUAAUCAACGAACCAGUGAUGGAAAACCUGUGAACAACUCGAGACAUGAAUUUCAUUACACUGUGGAAGUAAAUGGCAGUAAAUAUGACGUGAAUAUCAAUAGAUUAGAUGCCGAUCACGAGAAUGUCACCCCUAAAGACACUUACCUAAAGACACUUCAAAUGAGUUGCACAGGACUUGAAGUCAACGCCAAUGUUGUAUUGAUUGACAACAAUAAAUACCGCUUUGAGAUGCCUUUGGAUGAGUCGAUGCCUUCGCAUUACGUAUUGCAAAAACUCAUGAGUUAUUGCCGAGAAAUAAGUGGACAAAAGUGUCAGUUUGCGUCUCAUAUUUUUCAAGUCUUAGACGAAAGUGAAAAUAGUUACACAAAACUCAAGAAUACUAAGUUUAGUGUCCGGACUGUAUUGCCUUAUAAUAAGGCAUUCAAUUUUAGAGUCAUCGCCAGAGACGUGAAUCAAAUGCCUGAAGCAGUCAUUCAAAGCAGUGAUUCUGAAGGAAGCGAUUGUUUGUCACAAUCAGACGAUAUUUUACUGAACCAACAAAAAAGUGAUGAGAAACCAGUGGUGAAUAACUCGAGACCUGUAACGCCUAAAGUAACUGUCCAUCAGAUGAAAGACACGGCACUCGAAUUCAAAGCCAAAGUUGUAUUGAUUGACAAUAACAACGAACACUCGUUUGAAAUGCCUUUGGAUGAGUCGAUGUCUUUGUAUUACAUGUUGAAUAGACUUGUGAAUGAUUGCCGCGAUAUAUGUGAACAAAGUUUGACAUCCACUUCCCAUAAGUUUGAAGUGUUUGACGAAAAGGCGAAUGAGUUCAGAAAACUCAAGCAUUUGGAGCUGAGUGUCGGGACUGUAUUCCCUGGUUAUAAGGCACUCAAUAUUAGAGUCACUCCCAGAGACGUGAAUCAAUUGUCUGACCAAAGCAGUGAUUCUGAUGGAAGUGAUUGUUUGACACAAUUAGACGAUAUUUUACUUAAUCAACGAACCAAUGAUGACACAAAUGUCUACCGACUGGACUGGCAUUUGACUAAAACUGUGGCAGAAUUGGUGGCCAUUGAUAAGGAAAUGUUGGUCACCAAUGAGACACACUUCUGGGAUAUGAUAUCCAAGAAAAUGAACUCCGAAUCAAUGUCUGGAACUGAGUGUCAACAGAGGUUUGAGGAAUUGGUUGACAUAUUCUUAAGGGAUCCCAAGAGUGAAAUCAAUGGCAAUAAGUACGAUGUGAGUGUCCCGGGUGGUGAUGGCAGUGGUGGCGCAGGCUGUGAAUUAUCACUAAUCAUACAGACUCUGAAGCUAAUCCAUGGUUUUCAUGUCACUUGUAAAACACAUUUGUUUGAAGUUUUGGAUCCGAAGACCCAAUCGUUUGUGAAGAAGAAGAGGAGGAAUAAGAUAUCAAACAUGUCUUACUUGAGAGUAUCACCGGUUCGGGAACCGGCGCCCGUAGCCGACGCUAAAGUGGAUGCCAUUUGCCAUCAGAUGAAAGACAUGUCACUCGAAGUGAAAGCGAGUGUUGUGUUGAUUAACAGCCAGAGGACUGACAAGUUUGAGAUGUUUUUGGAUGAGUCGAUGCCAUUGAAGCGGGUGUUGACUAAACUCAUGAGUUAUUGUCACCAAAUAAGUGGACAAGAAGUGGGUUUUGUUUCCCAUAAGUUUGAAGUGUUGGACGCGAAACUAAAUGGGUUCACAAAACUCAAGAAUAAUAAUUUAAGGGUUGGGAUGGCUUUCCUUAAUUAUAAGACAAUCAACAUUAGAGUGAUGGCUAAAGUCAAUGACACCAUUCGCUCCCCUCCCACACGUUCAGCCAAAUAUAAAGCCAAUUCCCUAUUAGAUCCCAUUCCUCGAGAUCUCACGAAUAUUGUGGACCCCAUCGCAGGUUCCGAGACCGCGAUGGAAUGGAAGGAAAAUCCUGCCGAAGCGACCAAUACAUCACCCGUUGUGGCACUAAUACAAGCAGUUAUGAAAUCAGUGAAUGGUUUGGACAUCGAUUGGAAGUCAGUCUCUCGUGAGAUGGAGUCUUUA